AUGUCCAUAGAUGAAAAUGAUGAUGACCUUUUACAUGACAGGCAGCAACACUGCAUGUUCCAGGACACUUGUCUUAUGCCGGUAGAUAUAGGACAAGAAGCGUUGGAUCUUUAUGUUGACAAUGUGUUGAAUUUAGCGCCGGGGGAAAAUAAUAAUCCUAUAAAACUGCUUUCUGAUUGUACCAACGAAGCAAAAUGUUUCCCUGUAUUGUUCCCAUCGGGUUUUAACACAUACCAUGAAAAGCGGCAGUAUCGUUUGACUUUGAGUCGUUAUUUUAAUAACAGACUUCUUCAUGCUGAUGGUAGAUUUGCACGUAAUGUGGAAUAUAUUUUCUUUGCACAGUACAUGUCAGAACUGGAGCAGGUUGUCUCUAAAGUUUCAAUAGCUUUACGUAAAGGUACAAGUCGUACACCUCAAAAUAUGAGUGAGGUUUUAAGGGAUGAACAGUCCAUAAGUAAGUUGUUGGAGUUUGAUGAUGGCUAUCGUUUCUUGAAACCUAUUCGAGGCACACCAGCUUUCUGGCAGACGGCUCAACGCGACUUGCUAGCUUGUGUUAGAAUGUUGGGGAAACCCACAUGGUUUGCUUCUUUUUCGUCUGCAGAUAUGAGAUGGACUAAUCUGCUUUAUAGCAUCUUAAAGCAGGAAGGGCGAACGCAGACUUUGGAGCAGUUGCAAUGGGCAGAGAAGUGUGAAUUGUUGCGUCGAAACCCUGUUACUGCUGCUAGAAUGUUUGAUUUUAGAUGGCAUGUUUUUGUAAGAGAAGUCCUCAUGUCUCCUGCUCAUCCGAUUGGAAAAAUUGAAGACUACUAUUAUCGUGUAGAAUUUCAGCAGCGUGGCUCUCCUCAUUGCCAUUGCCUUUUUUGGAUUUCUGGUGCUCCAAUUUUGGACAAGAACACAGAUGAAGAGGUUAUUACAUUUAUUGAUAAGUAUGUGACAUGUGAAAUUCCACCCGAAGAAGAUUCGUUGUCUGAAGUAGUUACAUCUGUACAACAGCAUUCAAAACGACAUUCAAAAACUUGUAAAAAGAAAAAAACUGUGUGUCGUUUUAAUUUCCCUAGGCCUGUGUCGUGUCGCACAUUUAUAUGUCGUGGUGAAAAAUAUCAAGAUCCGGUCAAGACUUGUAAAUGCAAUUUGGAUAAAACUGAUGGUAGUGCAGAUUGUGAAUGUCUUGGUAAGAAUAAGACGCGUCCAGAACAAAUGGACAGCGAUGUAGCAAGCAAUAUUUUAACAAAGAUAAAGAAUGCCAUUUCAGUUGAGAACUGUCCAUAUAAUACUGUGGAAGAAUUGUUUGAAGGCUUGUGCAUGAAUCAAGAUGUAUUUGAAACGGCAUAUAAACGAUUUAGUAGGAAUACACAUGUGGUGUUGAAAAGGCAAAUUAAUGAAAUCUGGAUUAAUCAAUAUAGUAGACCGCUGUUAAAAGCUUGGGAUGCAAAUAUUGAUAUCCAGUAUUGUGUUGAUGCAUAUGCAUGUUGUGUUUAUAUUGUAUCUUAUAUGUCAAAAAGUGAACGUGAAAUUGGUCUUCUUCUAGGAAAUGCACAAAGAGAAGCAGCGAAAGAAGGUAAUGUUAGUGCUAAAGAGGCUUUAAAGAGACUUGGUAGUGUCUAUUUGCAUAAUCGUGAUGUUUCUGCUCAGGAAGCAGUGUAUAGACUCACCAACAUGCAUUUAAAGGAGUGUUCUCGGAAAGUUGUUUUUAUUCCAACAGGUGAUAAUAUUGUGAAAAUGAGUUUACCCAUUUCUGUUUUGAAACAAAAAGCUACAUUACAGGAUCUUACCCCAGAAGACAUGUGGAUGACUGGUAUAGUUGACCGCUAUAAGAACAGGCCGAAUGAUGAUGUGUUUCCUGAUAUGUGCCUGGCUAAGUUUGCUUCAGAGUAUCGCGUUUUGUCCAAAAAUGAGAAGUGUAGAAAUCCAGUAAAAUUGAAUAAGGAUUUUGGAUUUGUUGUGAAAAGAACUCGGACAAAACCAGCAGUUGUUCGUUAUGCGCGUUUCUCUGAAACAAAAGAGCCAGAAAGGUUUUAUCAGAGCAUAAUGCAGCUAUUUCUGCCUUAUCGCUUUGAUAGUGAACUGAAACCUGCACAUUGUGAAACCUUUGGUGACUUUUAUCAAACUGGUGUGAUUAGUUUUGUUGAUGGAACAAGGCAUUCAGUAAAGUCUGUUGUAGAUUUAAAUAGGAGUGAAUUUGAGGUGGAAUCUGAUCAUUUUGAGGCUGUGGACAAUGUUACCGGUGAUGUAAUGCUGGAAGAUGCAUGGGCUGAAUUGUGUCCUGAGGUUGAAUUGGAACGAUUGGAGUGUGUGGAAUUACAAAAAGAAAGACAAAUAGAAAACAGUGACCCGGAACAAAUCCCUGAUUUAAGUUUGCAGUUUAAAGAAUUUUCAGUAUUUGAGAAAAGAAAAAUUACUAGAACUGAAGGCCUUGCAUUAAUUAGAUCUUUGAAUGAAAAACAGUUCUCUGUUUUUUAUCAAAUCAGGCAGUGGUGUCUAGCCAAAGUUAAUGGAAAAAAUCCUGAGCCACUGCAUAUUUUUAUUACAGGUGGUGCUGGCACAGGAAAAAGUCAUUUAAUCAAGGCAAUUGAAUAUGAAUCCAAACGGUUAUUAUCCACUGUGUGUCAGUCUCCUGACAACACAUGCGCGUUACUGACAGCUCCCACCGGCAUUGCCGCAUACAAUUUAGAAGCAACAACAAUCCACACCACAUUUUCUAUUGGAAAGGAUGUACGCCUACCGUAUACUCCUUUGAGUGAAGAGAAAUUAAAUUCGUUGCGUGCCAAAUAUUGUGAUCUCCAGCUUCUUAUUAUAGAUGAAAUAUCGAUGGUUGAUCACAAUCUCUUAUCGUAUGUUCAUGGUCGAUUGCGUCAGAUAAAACAAACCGUAAAAUCAUAUGGGAAUAUUAGUAUAAUUGUAGUCGGUGAUAUGUACCAGCUUCCACCUGUGAAAGGUAAACCACUUUAUUCUGAUGGUGUUGCCACAAAUAUAUGGUUAGAUUUAUUUAAAAUUGUAGAGUUAACUGAAAUAGUUAGACAAAAAGAUGCUGUGUUUUCUCAACUGCUAAACAGGAUGAGAACUCGCUCCAAAGGCACACCGAUAUUGGCUGAUGAUUUACAGAUUUUAAAACGUUGUGAAACAGGUGAGGUUAGCUCAGCCUUGCACAUAUUUGCGACCAAUAAACAAGUAAAUGAGCACAAUAUUCAUCGAUUAUAUGAGACUUGUCCUGAAUUUGUUAGCAUUGGGGCACAGGACUAUGUCAAUGAUAAGAAAACAGGAAAAUUGAGGUUGUUGGAAGGAAAUCAUGCGAAAGCUUCAAAUACUUGCUUAUCGGAAGUGUUGUUAUUGGGUAAAGGAGCGCGUGUUAUGUUGUGUAAAAAUGUUGACGUUAGCGACGGUUUGGUUAAUGGUGUUUGUGGUACUGUUACAGAAAUAUUAAUACCAGAAAAGGACAAGUUUCCUAAAGUGGUCUAUGUUAAAUUUGAUGAUGAUCGUGUAGGCAUGCAGAAGAGGAAGAGCUGCCACUAUGCAUCAUCAGAUUUGGCUGGAUCCACAGCUAUUGGACCUGAGGAGGAGAGAGCCACCGUUAAAGGUGGCAUGCGGCGACAAUUUCCACUCAGGUUGGCAUGGGCAUGUACAGUACACAAAGUUCAAGGACUAACUGUUGACGAAGCUGUUGUUUCUUUUAGUAAAAUAUUUGCACCGGGACAAGCUUAUGUGGCUAUAAGUCGUGUACGAAAUAUUUUAGGAUUGACAAUUCAAGAUUUUAAUGAAAAAAAGAUAUAUUGUAAGGAUGACAUUUUGCUUGCACUAGAGAAUAUGACACAUCUUUUAAGUGGACCAAUUCAGUUGGAUAGAUUUAACACAUCUAUUUUUACUGUAUUCCUAAUGAAUGUGCAAAGUUUGAAUCGGCAUGUAAAAGAUUUGGCCUGUUAUACAGAACAUUGGAAACCAAAAUGCAUAGCCAUAACAGAAACAUGGGUGUCUUCAACCCACACGGAUACAGUAAAGAUAGAUGGUUACAGCUUCACUAACCGUCCACGAUGUUUGUCAUAUACUAGUAGGCAUCCGGAACUGAUUGCGUUGCAAGACCAACAACAUGGUGGUGUUGGCAUCUAUUGUGCAGACAAUGUAGAAUUUGAAAUCCUACAGCAACCAGAUCUGAAUUUGGAAUGUUUAGUGUAUCGGUUUUGUAGUUUUAACAUGGUGCUUGGGGUAAUUUACCGACCGCCACUAUACCCUCUGUCACUAUUUAAAAAUAAUUUAGGUCAGUUACUUGAUUGGCUUGAGAAACAAAGUGACACAAUUGCACUGAUUGGAGAUUUUAAUGACGAUAUUUUGAAGUCAUCAAGUAUCACAAAAUUUGUUUGUGAUAAAGGAUACCUCCAAAUGGUUGUAGAAGCAACCACUGAAAAAGAUACUUUGAUAGAUCAUGUUUAUGUUAAAUCAAAGACAUAUAAAGUGGAGGCAGUAGUUGUGCCUACAUAUUUUAGUGAUCAUGAGGGUAUAAUGUGUGGUUUUACCUUGUAAUCAUUUUAGUAAUCAUGAGGGUGUAAUGUGUGGUUUUAAGCUGUUGCAAUCA